AUGCAUGUCGGACCACGAGAAGGCAGUGCAGACGUUCAACACCCUGCAGAAAAUGGAACUGAAGAAGAAUAUGAAGAAUAUGAAGAUGACAAUGACAAUGAAGAACGUGAAGAUGAUGUUGCCACGGGUGGACUCACUCUCGAGCAGCGCUUCAGUGUCAGCAAUGAGUUGUUAAACCACUUUGUAUUUCAUAAGUCUGAAGGAGGAUAUCAUGCAACCACAAGCACUACAACCUGUCAAGGCAUUACAUGCUAUGUGUACAAUGAGAUGAUGCCUUUGGUGUUGCCCUUGAAUGUACUUUGUUUCUGCCUUGGAACUCUUGCAGGCACAAGUGACACCUUGUCCUUCGUUGGGUACGUUGCGAUCGGGCUGGAGCCCAUAGUGUAUGGAUUGUAUGUACAUCAUCGUAUCAAACUCACUGCCUAUAUGGAAACUGGACGUGUUCACACUGCUUCACUUGAAGCAGAAGGCACUGAGGUUCCGGUCUACAUUCUAGAGAAUGGUCUUCCCACCGCAAUCUUAGAUUUGCCUGCCAUGUGGACUAGGCAGGGCCACGACAGGAAAAUACAUGUCGUUUAUGAUGGCUGGGUUGAUUUAGCUAAUUAUCGUACCAUCAUUCAUUGGGCCGACUAUCCGUCAGGGUACAACAUGCCUGUCUUCCAAUUUUCUGGUCACUGUGACAUGUCUGAUGUCUUUUCAUCUGCAUCGGCAAACAAUGCUUCAAUCUUCAGUUCUUGGAUGAUGUCCAAUGCCCAUGUGACAUCGGAAGGCGAUUAUGGAGGACCUUAUUCCACUCAUUCUGAUUCUCACCACAAGUCUGAGUCCGCGCCUGUGUCUGAUAUCCCCAUCGCCACUGCUCAAUCCACAGAUGCUGACCACUUGACGGGAGUAAUGCAAAAAUACUCAAAGUGGAGGCUGGUCUUGUCCUAUCUGUGGCUUUUGAUGAGAUUGGCAAUUUGUAGAGGCGAAACCGGGAACCCUCAUUUUAUCACCACGGCUCCAAUUGAGUUUCCCGCUAGCGAUGGUAGGAUUCUAAGUGAGAAUGAGAUCCUCGUGAUGCAAAACGGAUUGGUUUGGAUCUUCCGCACCAGGUGUAUCAAGUCUAUCCUAUGGCACAAUGUGUUUAGGGUGACCAUAUCGGCCGCUGCUACCGUUUCCAUAACCCCUGGCAUACCAAUGAUCUUGGCUGAUCUUGAGCCUGAAGUGUUUAGGCAUACUUCUGUCCUACCUAUGGAAACUCUAGCUUUCAUACAGUCUCUUUGUUACGUGUCCCUCUUUCGAAAGCUAGAGAGCAUUGUGGCCCAAAUUCCCGGUGCUACCUUUGAUCGACCAUUCUAUCCACCUGCAAGCAUGAUUUAUGACAAGGCCAUUGAGACACUCAACAUAAUCUUGCCACUGGAUUCAGACCCAGGACACCCCACGUUUAUGACCUGCAUGGCCUCAUUGUGUGAUCUCGCGUUAGUUUUGAUAUUUUGA